AUGGGUUUUUUCCAAGCUCUCCCAUUUCUUCUCUCUCUCCUCCUCAUCACCUCAAGCGCCGACCAGACCUUCCCCUCUGGCCGCCACCAGCGCGGCCAAAAACCCCACAAGCCUGACGACCACUCCCUCAAGAUGCUCUGCAUGUCGUCCACCUUCCCGGAGGCCUGCUGCGACUCCCUCCGGCCGUUCGCCUACGCCGUCCAGAGCAGCCGCCAGAAGCUCGUCGACGUCUCCCUCAGCGUCUCCGUCAAGGCCGCCUGCAGCACCUCCGACUUCCUCAAGCACUGCCAACAGAAGUACGGCGGGGGUCCCUUGAAGGAUUGCAUCACCACCGUGGCGGACUCGGUCGACCGGCUGAAGCAGUCGCUUCGGGAGCUGAAGCGGCUCAUCCGCGACGGCUCUGAUCACGCGAAAUUCCACCUGCAGAAUAUACAAACGUGGGCAAGCGCUGCCUUGACGGACGACCAGACGUGCCUCGACGGGGUGAAGCAAGGUGGCGCGAAGGCGGCGAGCCCGGUGCUGAGGGCGAAGGUGAAAGUGAGCAUUACAAAAGUUGCGGAGCUCACCAGCAAUGCUUUGUAUUUCAUUAACAAAUUUAACGUGACAAGCUAG